CAACUGUGUGACCUGGUCGGACGUACGACGCGCCAAGAAAACACGUGGCAUUGCAGCAGAAGUCCAUUCCAAGAGACGCCCUGCUUGCCUCCAGGGUGCCUUGGGUUGCUUGGGUUUCGAUGGUGCUGCUAUGGAAGGCGUGGCGUUCCCCCACCAGAAGUCCACGGACGCCUCGGGUUUCAGGGUUGGGUGCUUCUUUGUGGAAGGUUUCUUGUGGUCGAGCUCCUGCUGCAGUAUGUCCUCCUGCGUCUUAUCGAGGCGCUUCCGCCCAGCUGGACGACCUCGACGCCGCGCCCGCGGACGCGCUGGCCGACCCGCGGCCGCCGCCCGACGGGGACGACGACGAGGACGCCCUGGACCCCCCGCGCCCGCACCCGCGGCUCAGCCGCGAGAAGGUGCUGGCCAUCGAGCGCCAGGCUGUGGAGAAGAGGGCCAGCGCGUCCCACGAGGUCAUGCAGCAGUUCAUGCACAACUUCGCCCGCAACAUGAGGUACUCCAUCCUGGCGGACAGCAAAGGCGACAUGCCCGAGGCAGAGCGGUUGGCGAUGCUACGGCAGCUCCGAGAGAGCGGCGCCGUUGCGCCGGACGAGGACGCCGCGGCCG